CCUGCGAAAGACUGGCGCCCACUCUACGCCUUAGUUACAAAGACGGAGAACAAAACGGCUCCCACUUCUUCCGCCGCCCUCCUCCUCUCUGUCCUUGACCGACUAUUUCAUCCUCCCUAGCAGCGAGCUGGACAUUAGCGAAGAAUAUUAUCCGACCUGUCGCUGAUAUACGAUCGACAUAUCGGCGGGCGCCUGGGCUUCCUAUUCCUGCUUUCUGUUUCCACCUAAAUUAACAAUAAAAAUUUUCUGCAUCGCGAAGCUGGACUGAUACUCACUGAGCAUCGUCAACACUCGACACGAGACGAUGGGAAACCAAGCCUCCAAAGAGGGGGGGAGCGGCAAGGGCUCAGGCGCAUCCUCCGGAGACCGCGCCGAAAACUUGCAAUCGUAUCCCUCAUUUGGAAAAUCGGAGACCAAGGAUUCUACCCGUUCGUUUAAAAACCUCCGAUCAAAAAUUCCUGGUGGUGGGAAGACAGAUAGUCCACGAAGCUCGGCGAUUAUAUCCAAUGGAGAUUCUGUCGGGGACAAAUCGGACGCGGCCUCUGUAAAAUCUGCGCGGAGUAGCAAAUCGAGGACUGGACGUGCUGACUCAGUCGCUUCCCCAUCAUCCCCGCGAUCACCGGACGCAAGCAACUCCCACUUGGGUGACAACCAACCGCCUCCUUCUCCUGUCCAAUCUGCCUCCAUUAGAACUGGUCAUGGCGACAUACAUGCUGCCCAAGCUUGUGGUGAGGUGGACCACGUAUCCGAUCAACCGCCCACCGGGGUCGUGAACCCAAAUCCGCAUAUACAACAACAACCCGGAGCACCGAUCUUGGUGAAGAAGGAGAAUACUAUUAACCCUAUCAUAUCGGUGCCGGGAACACCCUCGAAGGAGGAUUCUCCUACCGGAGUUGCUAUGAGUGACAUCAAGGAUAUCGACCUUGAUGAUUUCAUCAAGCGGCUCUUAGACGCCGCGUACGCUGGGAAAGUAACGAAGAGUGUAUGUCUUAAGAAUGCCGAGAUUGUCGCCAUCUGCCAGAGGGCACGAGAAUGCCUUUUAUCCCAGCCUGCGCUGCUGGAGCUUGAUGCGCCGGUCAAGAUCGUUGGCGACGUUCACGGCCAGUAUACCGACCUGAUUCGAAUGUUCGAGAUGUGCGGGUUUCCGCCGAGUGCAAACUAUCUUUUCCUUGGGGACUACGUUGACAGGGGCAAGCAGUCCUUGGAGACGAUCUUACUUUUACUGUGCUACAAGCUAAAGUAUCCUGAGAAUUUCUUCCUCCUGAGGGGGAACCAUGAAUGUGCCAACGUUACAAGGGUCUACGGCUUUUACGACGAAUGCAAGCGAAGGUGCAACGUUAAGAUUUGGAAGACGUUCAUUGACUGUUUUAACACGCUUCCGAUCGCUGCCAUCGUUGCAGGAAAGAUAUUCUGUGUUCAUGGUGGGUUGUCUCCGGCCCUAAGCCAUAUGGACGAUAUCCGUAAUAUUGCUCGCCCAACCGACGUCCCUGAUUACGGUCUCCUUAACGACUUGCUAUGGUCCGAUCCCGCCGACAUGGAAGCAGACUGGGAGGCCAACGAGAGAGGUGUCAGCUACUGUUUUGGUAAGAGGGUUAUCACCGACUUUCUAGCAGCCCACGACUUUGAUCUCGUCUGCCGAGCGCACAUGGUUGUCGAAGACGGUUACGAAUUUUUUAAUGACAGAGUUUUAGUCACUGUCUUUAGCGCACCAAACUAUUGCGGCGAAUUCGAUAACUGGGGAGCUGUCAUGUCUGUGUCUGCGGAACUCUUAUGCAGCUUUGAACUUUUGAAGCCACUUGAUUCCUCUGCGCUCAAGAGCCAUAUUAAGAAAGGCCGAAACAAGCGCAACAACAUGUUGAACAGCCCGGUACGUGAUAAUCACCGCUUUAGUCCAUUUGCAAGAGUUUCCAUGACUAACAUUUUUCUUCAUCAGCCCGCUAGCGUAUAUCCCCAGAGCGUAUAAAACCUUCUCUGAAGGGCUUCUCAAGAGAAGGCCUUCGUGAAGUAAUCAUACCGACGAGUUCAUUUCUCAUGGAAACGAGUUG